AUGGGUUUUUCAGAGACAGCGGUUCUUAGAAGUGAGCCCGAGAGUAAUCAAGAAAACCUCCCGGAUAUGUCUCUUGCUUUAAAAGAAAAUUUGUCAAGAGAUGCUCAUUAUAACAAUUUAGAUUCUAUAUUUUCAUCUUCUUUUUCAAGGAGUCUUGAUCCUACGAAAAAUCUUGCUUCUCGUUUUAGUUCAUGGAAAAUUUUGUUAAAAGAGCUUAUUAUUUACUUUAAGGCAGUUAUUAAUAUUGAAGAAGUUAAGGCAAAUGAGUUUAGGAAGUUGGGAAAUAUACUUAGUGUUCAUGCAGAUAAAAGCACUUUUCGAGAUGGUGGAAUUCAAGAUGUUGAAAAAGUCUUUUGUGAUUGGAAUCGGAAAUAUUCUACUCAUUUGUCUACAAUACCAAAUAGUGUAAACCAGGAAAUCAUUUCCAAGUUAGAGAAACUUAGAGCAAUGUUGACUCUACGUGUUAAAGAUAUUUUGAAAAUGUCUUCUCAGUUCCGCAAUAAUUUAGGUAAGGAAGCAGAUACCACUAAAAAGUUGAUGGAAGUUUAUAAACAAUCUUUGUUAAGAUGGGAAUCUACUCCUUAUCAAAUUACUUCUAGAACAGAUCCAUAUAUUAUUAAGCUUUCAUUGGAAAGACAAAUUACACAAACUCUUUUUGAAGAGAAUGCUUUACAUCAAGCUUAUUUAAAUAUAGAGAAUUAUUGUCGUAAUAUUGAAAAAUCUGUAAUAAAUACUGUUCGAGAAGUUUUUGGUGAAUAUAAGAAUAUUCUUCAAAGAGAAGUCACAUUUAUAUCUGAUUUUAAUAAAAACAUUGUUACUACAGAUGAUUCUAUUUCUCUUGAUAGGGGAUGGAAUAAUUUUCUUAGAGAAGAUUCUGAUUCUGUUAAUUUCCGCAAACUUAGGUAUUUUUGUGAUCUUUUAUAUGCUCAGAAUCAUCCCGCUGUUAAAGAGAUACGUAGCGGCAUUCUACAAAGGAGAAGUGGAUUUUUCAGAUCCUUCAGUAGCAGAUUUUAUGUACUUACUCCAUCUGGAUUUCUUCAUGAAUUCAAAUCGGACAAUUUUUCAUUCUAUCAAGCACCAAAAAUGUCCUUAUGUCUUCGUGAAUGUGAAAUUUGCGAACAUAGUUCUGCUGAUUCUCAGACAUAUAAAUUUUCUUUGAAAGGAUCUAAAAAGGGCAAUUCUGAUCGAAAUCAUAAAAUUGUUUUUAGAACAAAUACGUAUGACGACAUGAUUGACUGGUAUAAUAAUAUAAAGAAAUUCACGGGGCUAUUCAAUAUGCCUGAAAAUGAAUUUAGGGAUUAUAUUGUAGCCCUGCAAGUAGGGAAUUCAGCGGAUGAUCAAGCAAGAGAUGCUCCAAAUGAUGCAUCCGAUAAGAAAGAGGAGUUUUCAUUACCUUUGAAAGAUGGUUUUAAAGAUGAUAUUGAUAUUAUGACAUCAUUAUCUAGUGCUUUUUAUGAGACAUUGUCUUCGGAGCAUAAUGGACGAGUGGAUGAUGCAGCAAAUAAAGAAGAUAUAAAUAAGGAUCAUGUCGUGAAUGAAAAUGGUGAUUUAAACAAAGAUAAUUCUUCUGGUGAAAAGAAUGGGACGCUUGUUUGUUUGAACGGCGAUAUUACUUCUGGACAGGAGAAAUCUGAGAAGGAUCUGUCAGCUGAUACUUCUGCUUUAUUGGAUAAUUCUGGCACAUGUGCAAAUGUUUCUAUUGGCCUAAAAGACACGACAUUUAAGUCUUUAAGUCGUUCUUCAUAUUCAUCAACAAAUGAAUAUUCAUGUCCUAUGGAGAUUCAAAAUUCUUCUCUCGAUAACAAAUCGAAUUUAGGUGAAUCGGCAGUUGAUACUCAAAAGGAUUCUAAUCAAAAAGAUCAAUCUUGUUCUUUAUACCCAGUAGCUGAAUUUCAGGCAAAUAAUAAUCAAGAAUCAUGUUCAUUGCCAUCACUUGGUUUAUCUCAGUCGUCUUUAUUAGCAGCUACUCAAUCUAAAUUUAAGGAGGAUUUGGGACGGACUACUCUUUCUAAUUUGGAUACAAGUGAUGUUUCUGACAAUAAAUUGGAUUCAGAGCAAGUGCAAUCUCCGAAAAAUAUAGAAUUAGCGAAUAAAGAAGAUAACAUAUCUGAUGUUCCUUCUGAUAAAGCAUUAGAUGGUGCAGAAUCAUGUUCUCGGAAGUCUUUGGUGAAACCGGAAUAUCAAUCGCUUAGUGCUGUUUCCGGUUUGGAAGUUUUAGAGGAAUCUGAUCAUAAAGAAUUAAAAGAAAAUCAGAAAGUAUUAGAUGAUAAUGAUUAUUCAACCAAGGAAUUACAUAAAAGCGAUAAGGAUGGGCUUAGUAAAAACGUAUAG